AUGGCUUUUCGCAUCUCUGAAAUGGACUCCGAACUCGAAAAUAUUGACAAGCAGCUGUCAAAUCCAAACCUGCAAAGUAAAAGAGCAAAGAGAAAACGAAGUUUUGUAACACCCAUGGAAAAUGCAGAAGAUACACAGGUCCUUUUGUUCAAACGCCAAACCAAAGCCCAGGAGAGGACAAGAAAACGACAGCAGCCUAGAAAGCUAGAGCCUCUGCCAGUGCUAAAAGUCUACCAAGAUCACAUAUACAAACAGUAUCAACUUCCACCGACCAUUUCUGGAAUCAUAAAACCAUCAAGAAGCACUGAAGAAACUUCUGUCAAAUCACCUAUUCAGAUUCCUCAGCUUGCAGAUGUGUUGGAAAGAACACAGGCACUUGAAAAUAACUAUGAAGUUAUAUUCCGAGAACCCGAGACUCGCUGGAAAUUCAACGUGCAAGAGUUAGCCAGAAAAAACAUUCAUGAAGUCCCAAAAGAAAAAAUACAUCGAAUGAAAGAACGUGUAGAUGAACCCUCUGCUAAGAUAUUCUCUCCCUCUCCUCAGAAACUGCCACCUAUUGGAAGAAGAAGUCUCUAUAAGACCAGUUAUUCAUCUUUGCCUAAGUACAUAUUCGAGGACCGGGAAGAUGUUGUUAAAGCCAACAUCUGUGAUCCCUUGGAAAUCAUUCAAAUAUUACGUGAAAAUGAACAUCUUGGAUUUCUUUAUAUGAUUCCUGCAGUGCCAAGGUCUUCAAUUGAAUAUGAUACCUAUAAUCUGAAAGUUGUAAAUUAUGAUAACAUCAACAAAAAGGACUACUAUACAAUUAGUGACAAAGCAGUGACACGCGUUCAUAAUGACGAGGACAUUGAAUAUAUCGAAAUUAAUAGAUGGAUACAGGAAUACCUAUAUCACAGAGAACUCAUUAAGAUUCCCAUAUUUUCACUUUUCCGGAAAUGGAAAGCUUUUCAUGUAUGGAAGAAGAAUGUGCACUCCAAGAAGAUCAAUGGAUGUCGAGAAUCUCUACAAGAGAACUUGUUCAUUGUUAAUUAUUUUUUGCGACCAGCUCUUCUUAAAAUAAAUGACAUGUGUUACCAAUUGAGUUUUAUGGGGCUUUGUUAUAUUGAAAGAGGUCGCACCUACACCCUGCAAGAAUUUCAGUCUACACAAGUCGCACAACUGAGAGAGGUGACGGAUCACCUGGAAUAUUUUCGAAACGAGGCCAAAGAAGUAGUCAGGAAGGCUUGUCGCACUGCUCUGCGCGCUAUAGGAUUCACUCCUGAUGACUGUGAUGAGGAAGAUGAUAAGAAAUCAUCAGUGACUGCUGGUCUCAUUGAGUUGCCUACUUAUGUAAACUCUGAGAACAUGAAAUACACGCAGCAGGCCAGGAAAAGGCGUUAUUGCAGGAGGCUGACUUGCUUUAUUCGUCUAAAUGAUUACCUAAUUGAGAACACAAUGCACGUCUUAACAGUAAAUUCUGUUAACAGUCUUUUGAAUUAUCUCACUGACAAACUAAAACGAACACCCUCAGCAGACAUCAUUCAGAAAUGGAUUACUGAGGAGAAACCUGAAGUCACUGAUAAGAAGGUGGCUCCUGGGUUGGAAAAGCUGGAAGAAGAUGAGUCACUCAUCCCCAUGUUCCUCACAGAACUGAUCUUGACAGUGGAGUCACUACUGUUUAAACCUUCUCUGGAAGACUUUCUGUCUGGUAUUUCAGAUGCAAUUAAUCAGUUUCAGAGCACCGUGUUAUCAGUUCCUAAUCUCGUGCCUGACACAUAUUUUGAUGCUUUCACCAGACCUUAUAUUAACAACAAACUUGAAGAAAAAACUUGUGGACUUGGCCCCAGCUUGUCAUCAGUAUUUGAUGAUGAUAAGAAUUUUCACACAAUUAUCUUUCAAAUAAAGGAAACCAUAAAGGCAGCAUUUGAAUCUGCCCAACUCUAUGCAGCUACAUUUGAAAAGUUCCAGUUAUUUUUCAGGGAAAAUGAAAGUCUGGACUUAGAAGCUCUUAAACUUCAGGAACCUGCCCCAGAAGAUGAUCCAGGGACAGGUUCAGGCUUCCUCACAUUGUCAGCCAUAUCUUACCACUACAUUUCUUUCUAUGAGAUCGAAACCCUUGAAGAUGAAGGCAAUGUGGUGAUUCAAAUGUACAAGCUCAUUGAACAGUAUCAGGUUCCCACACCGCCGGAAGACUUUGCUGUCUUUGCCACCAUGAAGCCAUCCAUUGUUGCUGUUCGGAAUGCCAUCGAUAAAGCCGUAGGUGAUAGAGACGCAAGCAUUAAGCAAUUUUGUCUGCAUUUGGGUAAAGAUCUUGAAGAUCUAACCAAUGAAGUGAACGAUGUCAAGCUGCAAGCACAGGAUCCCCAGAUUUUGGAUAUUAAUGCCGACCAAGACAAAGUAAAGUCCCAACUGAAUGAGCUGCAGUUAAUUCUGGAUGAUCUUCAGAAACGUGCAUUUCAAUAUAAAUCUUACCAGAAAAAUUUCAAGGUGGAAGUUUCUAAGUUUGAAGAUUUGGAAGUAGUGAGUGCUGAAGUGAAGCUCAAACAAUUACUCUGGGAUUCUAUGUCCGAAUGGGAUCAACUCCACCAAGAAUGGUUACAGUCCAAAUUUGACAGCCUGGAUCCGGAAUCCCUGAACAGUCAAGUCUCUAAAUAUGCCAAAUUUGUGACUCAACUGGAAAAAGGCUUGCCACCCAACAGUGUAGUGCCCCAGCUAAAAUCUAAGGUGGAAAAAAUGAAAGAAAAGCUGCCAGUUAUCAUUGACUUGAGGAACCCAACUUUGAAGGCUAGACAUUGGGCAGCUAUUGAACACACAGUGGAUGCCACCCUACUGGACCUUGAAACUCCAUUAACCUUGGAGAAGCUCUCCGAGUUGCGUGUUUUUGACUUUGCCCAAGAAAUCCAGGACAUUUCAGGACAGGCUUCUGGAGAAUCUUCCUUAGAAAUCAUUCUUAAAAAGGUGGAGGAUUCAUGGAAAACAACUGAAUUUGUCGUUCUCCCUCACCGAGACACCAAAGAUGUAUUUAUCCUAGGUGGCACAGACGACAUACAGGUCCUUCUUGAUGACAGCACCAUCAAUAUCAACACCAUUGCCUCGUCACGUUAUGUUGGGCCACUGAAAACUCGAGUGGAUGAAUGGCAGAAACAAAUUGCUUUAUUUAAUCAAACACUGGAAGAGUGGCUGAACUGCCAGAGAAACUGGUUGUACCUGGAAAGUAUUUUUAAUGCUCCAGACAUUCAGAGGCAAUUGCCUGCAGAGUCCAAGAUGUUCCUUCAGGUGGAUAAGUCAUGGAAAGAGAUUAUGAGGAAGGUGAACCGGUUGCCUAAUGCUCUUCGAGCGGCCACUCAACCAGGACUCCUGGAGACAUUUCAAAAUAAUAAUGCAUUACUUGACCAAAUUCAGAAGUGUCUAGAGGCGUAUUUAGAAUCAAAAAGAGUUAUCUUUCCCAGAUUUUACUUCUUGUCAAACGAUGAGCUUCUGGAGAUUUUGGCCCAAACACGAAAUCCCCAGGCUGUGCAGCCGCACUUAAGGAAAUGCUUCGACUCCAUCUCAAGGGUUUGGUUUGCUAUCCUGACUCCUGCUGACUUGGGCGUGGAAGUUGCUGAAGGGAAAAUUCCCCCUGUGGAGGGAGAGCCAGAAAAAGUGUACACUAAUGACAUUUUAGCAAUGCUGUCUCCAGAGGGAGAAAAGGUUAGACUGGGAAAAGGUCUCAAGGCCCGAGGCAACGUGGAGGAAUGGCUGGGUAAAGUGGAAGAAGCCAUGUUCACGUCUUUGCGCCGCCUGUGCAAAGCUGCCAUCGCCGACUAUCAGAUGAAACCGAGGACAGAAUGGGUGAUAGCUGACCACGCUUCUCAAGUGAUCCUGACCAUUUCUCAAAUCACUUGGUGCCGCGAUUUGACUGAGUGUUUGGAAUCAGAUGAAGAUCGUCUAGAGGCCCUGGAAGCUUUUGAAAAAGUCAACUUUGAGAGAUUAACUGACCUGGCUGCAUUAGUUCGAGGCCAUCUUUCUAAAAUACACAGAAACAUCGUAACUGCCUUAAUUACUAUUGAUGUACAUGCAAGAGACAUUGUCACCGAUCUUGUUCAAGCCCAGGUAGAGGAAGUGGAGUCCUUUGACUGGCAGAGACAACUGCGCUAUUAUUGGGAUAUAGACGUAGAUAACUGUGUGGCUAGAAUGGCGCUCUCUCAAUACACUUAUGGCUAUGAAUAUUUGGGUGCGUGCCCAAGAUUAGUUAUUACUCCUCUCACGGAUCGCUGCUACCUGUGCCUCAUGGGGGCUUUGCAGCUCGACCUGGGAGGUGCCCCAGCUGGUCCUGCUGGCACUGGGAAAACCGAGACUACCAAAGACCUAGCCAAAGCUCUUGCCAUCCAGUGUGUGGUCUUUAACUGUUCCGAUGGUUUAGACUACAAGAUGAUGGGACGCUUCUUCAGCGGUCUGGCCCAGUCAGGGGCCUGGUGCUGCUUUGAUGAAUUUAACCGAAUUGACAUUGAAGUUUUGUCAGUGAUCGCUCAGCAGCUCAUUACCAUUCGGAAUGCCAAAGCUGCCAAGCUCUCUAGAUUCAUGUUUGAGGGGCGGGAAAUAAAGUUGGUUAUGACUUGUGCAGCCUUCAUCACAAUGAAUCCCGGAUACGCAGGCAGGACUGAAUUGCCAGAUAACUUGAAAGCCCUGUUCAGACCUUUUUCAAUGAUGGUUCCAAAUUAUGCCUUGAUUGCAGAGGUAAUUCUAUAUUCUGAGGGAUUUGAAUCCAGUAAAAUAUUAGCAAGAAAAAUGACUCAGAUGUAUAAGCUUUGCAGUGAACAGCUCUCUCAGCAAGAUCACUAUGACUUCGGCAUGAGAGCCGUGAAGUCCGUGCUGGUCAUGGCUGGGUCUUUAAAAAGAGAGAACCCAGAUCUAAAUGAAGAUGUGGUGUUGAUAAGAGCACUGCGAGACUCCAACUUGCCCAAAUUCUUAACAGAUGACGCUAUUCUGUUCAGUGGAAUCAUAUCUGACCUUUUCCCUGGAGUCCAAAUUCCAGAACAUGAUUAUGGUAUAUUGCAGUCAACAAUUAUAGAUGUCAUGAAUGGGCAAAAUCUCCAACCUGAGACAUGUAUGGUUAAAAAGGUGAUACAGUUCUAUGAAACUAUGCUGGUAAGGCAUGGUGUGAUGUUAGUUGGGCCGACCGGAGGUGGCAAAACCACCGUUUAUCGAAUACUUGCAGAAACUUUAGGGAAUUUGAGAAAAAUUGGUGCAGACAAUCCCUUUUACCAACCAGUUAAAACAUAUGUUCUUAAUCCUAAAUCAAUUACAAUGGGUGAGUUAUAUGGCGAAGUAAAUACUGUAACCUUGGAGUGGAAAGAUGGUUUGAUGGCACUGAGUGUCCGAGCAGCUGUGCAAGACACUUCAGAAGACCAUAAGUGGAUCAUCAGUGAUGGGCCGGUGGAUGCUCUUUGGAUUGAAAACAUGAAUACAGUGUUGGAUGAUAACAAGAUGCUUUGCCUGGCUAACAGCGAGAGGAUUAAACUCACACCGCAAGUCCACAUGCUUUUUGAGGUGCAAGACCUAAGGGUUGCCUCUCCUGCUACAGUCAGUCGAUGUGGGAUGGUGUUUGUGGAUCCUGAGGAACUGAGAUGGAUGCCUUAUGUUAAAACCUGGAUGAUGGGUAUUUCUAAAAAACUGAAUGAGGAAACCCAAGAAUUUUUAUUGAGCCUUUUCCGUUAUGUUGAUGAUGGUUUAAAUUUUAUCAAUAAAAAAUGCUGCCAAGCGAUCCCGCAAGUAAACAUUAGCAAAGUGACUACACUCUGUUGCUUAUUGGAGUCGUUGAUAUUUGAGAAAGAUGGACUUAAUCUCUCAAUGGAACAAACAAAACUGAACACAAUGCUAUGUCAGACUUUUAUAUUCUGUUAUUUAUGGUCUUUGGGUGGAAAUCUAACGGAAAACUACAUGGAUUCUUUUGAUACAUUUAUUAGAACACAGUUUGAUGACAAUCCUGAUGCCAGGCUUCCGAGUUCUGGCGAUCUGUGGAGCAUUUACAUGGACUUCGAUACCAAACGGCUGGACCCCUGGGAACGAAUCAUACCCUCCUUCAAGUACAGCCGAGAUGUCCCAUUUUUUGAAAUGCUUGUGCCCACAGUUGACACAGUGCGCUUCGGGUAUCUAAUGGAAAAACUACUGGCGGUCAGGCACUCGGUAUUAUUUACUGGGACAACUGGAGUUGGCAAGUCUGUUAUUGCAAAAGGAUUGCUAAAUAGAAUUCAAGAAUCAGCUGGCUAUGUUCCUGUUUAUCUAAAUUUUUCUGCUCAAACUUCAUCUGCAAGAACACAAGAGAUCAUUGAAUCAAAACUGGAAAGGAAAAGAAAAAAUAUUCUAGGAGCGCCAAAAAACAAACAUAUUGUGAUUUUUGUUGAUGAUUUAAAUAUGCCCAGACUGGAUCGCUAUGGCUCUCAGCCUCCGAUUGAAUUACUUCGGCAGUAUCAAGAUUUUGGUGGAUUUUAUGACAGAAACAAACUCUUUUGGAAAGACAUACAGGAUGUGACCAUUGCAUCAGCGUGUGCACCUCCAGGUGGUGGCCGCAACCCAGUGACCCCCCGCUUCAUCCGACACUUCAGCAUGCUGUGUCUCCCGAUGCCCUCGGAGCACAGUCUGAAACAGAUUUUCCAGGCCAUCUUAAACGGCUUCCUGUUUGACUUUCAACCAGCUGUCAAGCAAACCGCAUCCAACAUUGUCGAAGCCUCAGUUGAGAUUUAUAACAGAAUGAGUGUUGAUCUUCUGCCAACACCAGCCAAGUCCCAUUACGUGUUCAACUUGAGGGAUUUAUCCAAAUGUGUGCAAGGUAUCCUCCAGUGUGAUUCAACAACAAUAAGAGAAGAAAUACAGAUAUUUAGACUCUUUUGCCAUGAGUGUCAAAGAGUCUUCCAUGAUCGCCUGAUUAAUAAUGAAGACAAGCAGUAUUUCCAUUCUAUUUUGACAGAAAUGGCCAACAAAUAUUUUGGAAUUGCAAUUGGCCUGGAAUAUUUUUUGACUAAGCCCAUCCUAUUUGGAGAUUUCAUUAAGUUUGGAGCAGAUAAGUCUGAUCGGAUUUAUAAUGACUUGCCUGAUAUGGACAAAAUCGCAAAUGUUCUCCAGGACUAUCUUGAUGACUAUAACCUUACAAAUCCCAAAGAAGUGAAGUUGGUGUUCUUCCAGGAUGCGAUAGAACACGUUACCAGAAUUGCCCGCAUGAUUCGUCAGGAGAGAGGCAACGCCCUGCUUGUCGGAGUAGGAGGCACCGGAAAGCAGUCUCUCACAAGACUUGCGGCUCACAUAUGUGGUUACAAAUGUUUACAGAUUGAACUGAGUCGGGGAUAUAAUUAUGAGAGUUUUCAUGAAGACCUGAGGAAGUUGUACAAACUGGCUGGUGUAGAAGACAAGAACAUGGUUUUCCUCUUCACAGACACACAGAUUGUAGUGGAAGAGUUCCUAGAAGAUAUAAAUAAUAUCUUGAAUUCGGGUGAAGUGCCUAACUUAUUUGAAAAGGACGAACUGGAGCAGGUUUUAGCAGCCACCAGACCAAGAGCUAAAGAAGCCGGAAUUUCCGAGGGAAAUAGGGAUGAGGUGUUUCAAUACUUUAUUAGCAGAGUCCGUCAGAAGCUGCACAUUGUUCUCUGCAUGAGCCCUGUGGGAGAGGCCUUCCGGUCCCGAUGCCGGAUGUUCCCAUCCCUUGUGAACUGCUGUACCAUUGACUGGUUUGUCCAGUGGCCCAGAGAAGCGCUUCUUUCUGUAUCAAAGACAUUUUUCUCACAUAUUGACACCGGAAAUGAUGAACUAAAAGAAAAGCUUUCCCUCAUGUGUGUGAAUGUUCACUUAAGUGUCUCCAAUAUGGCAGAACGCUAUUACACAGAGCUACGGAGACGGUACUAUACCACGCCCACCUCCUACCUGGAACUCAUCAAUCUCUACCUGACUAUGCUCAGUGAUAAAAAGAAGCAGUUGAUUUCAGCACGUGAACGGGUGACGAAUGGUCUUACUAAGCUAUUAGAAACCAACAUUCUAGUAGAUGCAAUGAAAUUAGAUCUUUCUGCUUUAGAACCUGUCCUUUUAACAAAAUCACAAGAUGUCGAAGCACUGAUGGACAAAUUGGCAGUGGAUCAAGAAAAUGCUGAUCAGGUCCGCAGCGUUGUGCGAGAAGAUGAAGCAGUGGCCAAAGUCAAAGCCGAAGAAACCCAAGCAAUAGCUGAUGAUGCUCAGAGAGACCUUGAAGAAGCCCUGCCCGCACUCGAUGCCGCCAACAAAGCACUGGACUCCUUAGACAAAGCCGACAUAUCUGAAAUCAGAGUUUUCACGAAGCCCCCCGACAUGGUCAUGACUGUUAUGGAAGCAAUUUCCAUUCUCUUGAAUGCCAAGCCUGAUUGGCCAACAGCAAAGCAACUUCUCGGUGACUCUAACUUUCUCAGAAGACUUUUAGAAUAUGAUAAGGAAAACAUAAAGCCUCAGAUAUUGGCAAAGCUUCAAAAGUAUAUUAACAAUCCUGAUUUUGUGCCUGAGAAAGUAGAGAAAGUAUCCAAAGCAUGUAAAUCCAUGUGCAUGUGGGUGAGAGCCAUGGACCUGUACUCUCGGGUGGUCAAAGAAGUUGAACCAAAGAGGCAGAAGCUCCGUGCCGCGCAGGCUGAACUUGACGUUACUAUGGCUACCCUGAAAGAAAAGCGAGCAUUGCUUAAAAAAGUGGAAGAUCAAAUACAGGCCUUACAAGAUGAAUAUGACAAGAGCGUGAGCGAGAAAGAAAGUCUGAGUAAGAAUAUGGCCCUGACAAAAGCACGACUGAUACGUGCUGGGAAGCUGACGGCUGCCUUAGGAGAUGAGAAAGUUCGAUGGGAAGAAACCAUCAAUAAAUUUGAUGAGGAGCUAUCGAAUAUCAUCGGGAACGUGUUCAUAGCAGCAGCUUGCGUGGCCUAUUAUGGGGCCUUCACAGCCCAGUACCGGCAACUGCUGAUAGAGUGUUGGACCCAGGACUGCCAGUCUCUGGAGAUCCCCAUCGAUUCUUCCUUCAGUCUCAUCAGCAUUCUUGGGGAUCCCUACGAAAUUCGGCAGUGGAAUGCGGAUGGGCUGCCCCGGGACUUGAUAUCCACGGAGAAUGGCAUUCUGGUGACUCAAGGGAGACGAUGGCCUUUGAUGAUUGACCCCCAAGAUCAGGCCAACCGCUGGAUCAGAAACAAGGAAGUGAAAAGUGGCUUAAAGGUCAUUAAACUCACGGAUAGUAAUUUCUUACGCACGCUCGAAAAUUCCAUCCGGCUCGGUUUGCCUGUCUUACUGGAAGAGCUUAAAGAAACCUUGGAUCCAGCUCUAGAACCCAUUCUUUUGAAACAGAUCUUCAUGAGUGGUGGACGACUGCUCAUUCACCUUGGAGACUCAGAUAUUGACUAUGACAAAAACUUUAGGUUUUAUAUGACAACCAAAUUGCCAAAUCCCCACUACCUGCCUGAGGUGUGCAUUAAAGUUACCAUCAUCAAUUUCACUGUGACCAAAUCAGGUCUGGAGGACCAGUUGUUAAGUGACGUGGUGCGACUUGAGAAACCCGAGUUGGAAGAACAAAGAAUCAAGCUCAUUGUGAGGAUCAACACUGAUAAAAACCAGCUAAAAACGAUUGAAGAUAAAAUCUUGAAAAUGCUCUUUACGUCUGAAGGUAAUAUUCUGGACAAUGAGGAACUUAUUGAGACACUCCAGGAUUCAAAGAUCACUUCUGGUGCCAUUAAAAGCAGGCUGAAGGAAGCAGAGUCCACUGAAGUGAUGAUAAACGUUGCUCGAGAGAAGUAUCGGCCGGUCGCCACUCAAGGCUCCGUCAUGUACUUCGUGAUUGCGAGCCUCUCAGAAAUAGACCCCAUGUAUCAGUACUCCUUAAAAUAUUUCAAACAGUUGUUCAAUACAACAAUUGAAACUUCUGAGAAGACAGAUAAUCUGCAGGAGCGCAUGGACAUACUCCUGGAGCAGACCCUCCUGACUGCAUAUGCCAAUGUUUCGAGGGGACUCUUUGAACAACAUAAACUCAUCUACAGCUUCAUGCUCUGUGUUGAGAUCAUGCGUCAGCAAGGAAGCUUAACUGAUGCUGAAUGGAAUUUCUUUCUCCGAGGUUCUUCGGGAUUAGAAAAGGAACGCCCACCUAAGCCUGAAGUUCCCUGGCUGCUUACUCAGGUGUGGUACUCAUGCUAUGACUUAGAAGAAUCAUUUCCAGUUUUUAAAGGACUUACGCAAUUUAUGUUGUCACAUCCUGUUUGCAUACAAUUAGGAUCUUUUGAGACUUUCAUUAACUCACAGGAUUUGACAAACUAUCCCACAGUAGGGGAAGAAGAGGAACAACUUCUGAAACAGAAAGUGGAGUUGGAAAUCUAUGAAUCGUGGCUUUCAAAGUUAAGCUCUUUCCAUAAGCUAAUUCUUGUUAAGUGUUGUAAAGAAGAAAAGGUGGUUUUUGCUCUUACAGAUUUUGUCAUAGAAAAUCUUGGGAAACGCUUUAUAGAGACGCCGCCUAUGGACCUGCCGACUCUGUAUCAAGAUAUGUCCCACAACACUCCCCUCAUAUUCAUCUUAAGCACGGGCUCCGAUCCCAUGGGCGCAUUCCAGAGGUUUGCCCGGGACAGAGGAUACUCGGAACGGGUCCAAUCCAUUUCACUGGGGCAAGGACAAGGACCCAUUGCUGAAAAAAUGAUCAAAGAUGCUAUGAAAACAGGAAACUGGGUAUUUUUGCAAAACUGCCAUCUUGCUGUUUCUUGGAUGUUGGCAAUGGAAGAGCUCAUUAAAACCUUCACAGACCCAAAUAUUACUAUCAAGGAGAGUUUCCGGCUUUUUUUAAGUUCCAUGCCUAGUAAUACAUUUCCUGUCACAGUUCUUCAAAAUUCUGUCAAGGUAACCAAUGAGCCUCCAAAAGGCUUACGUGCGAAUAUCAGACGAGCAUUUACUGAAAUGACACCUUCAUAUUUUGAGGAAAAUAUACUUGGACAAAAAUGGAGACAAAUAAUAUUUGGCAUUUGUUUCUUCCAUGCAAUUGUUCAGGAAAGAAAGAAGUUUGGCCCUCUUGGUUGGAACAUCUGCUAUGAAUUCAACGACAGCGACAGAGAAUGCGCUUUACUGAACCUCAACCUUUACUGUCAAGAAGGAAAGAUUCCGUGGGAUGCACUGACCUAUAUUACUGGUGAAAUUACAUAUGGUGGUAGAGUUACAGACACCUGGGAUCAAAGAUGCCUUCGGACUGUCUUGAAAAGAUUUUUUUCUCCUGAAACAUUAGAAAAGGGUUACAAAUAUUCCGAGUCAGGCAUCUAUUUUGCGCCCUUGGCUGACACCCUACAAGAGUUUAAAGACUACAUUGAAAAGCUACCUUUGAUAGAUGACCCAGAAAUAUUUGGAAUGCACGAAAAUGCCAACCUAGUUUUCCAGUACAAAGAGACCACCACUUUAAUCAACACCAUACUUGAAGUUCAGCCAAGGUCAUCGCCAGAAGCAUAAGGAGCAAGUUGUGAUAAUCAGUCUGAGGAAUUGACUCUCUCUGUUUCAGAAAUACUAGAAAUGGAGAAUGCUUCUGAGAGCCUUUUCAUCAAGGACCCUCAAGGACGCUUUAACUCCUUGACCACUGUUCUUGGACAAGAAGUGGACCGGUUUAACAAUCUGCUGAAAUUAAUCCACACUUCUCUAGAAACACUCAACAAAGCCAUUGCUGGAUUUGUGGUGAUGUCUGAAGAAAUGGAAAAGGUGUAUAACAGUUUCCUCAACAACCAAGUUCCCUCGCUGUGGUCCAACACAGCCUACCCGUCCCUGAAACCACUAGGAUCAUGGGUCAAAGACCUUAUUCUGAGGACCGCAUUUGUGGACCUGUGGCUCAAACGAGGGCAGCCUAAGUCCUUCUGGAUCUCCGGGUUCUUCUUCCCUCAAGGAUUUCUAACAGGAACGCUUCAAAAUCAUGCUCGGAAAUACAAUUUGCCUAUAGAUGAGCUGAGUUUCAAGUACAACGUAAUUCCUGUCUAUCGGGAUCAAGCCGCAGUUAUAGAAGCUGCCAAGACGGUGAGGUUUGGAGAAGAACUACCCAUGGACCUGCAGUUGCCCUCCCCUGAGGACGGAGUUCUCGUGCAUGGGAUGUUCAUGGAUGCUUUCCGGUGGGACGAUAAGGCGAUGGUGAUAGAAGAUGCGCUGCCCGGACAGAUGAACCCAGUGCUGCCGGUGGUGCAUUUUGAACCUCAACAAAACUACGACCCAAGCCCAGUACUUUAUCAGUCCCCACUUUAUAAAACAGGGGCCCGGGCAGGAACACUCUCAACCACAGGUCAUUCAACCAACUUUGUGGUGACCAUCCUUUUACCCUCCGAGAGGUCCAAAGAUUACUGGAUUGCCAAGGGCUCGGCGUUGCUCUGCCAGCUGAAUGAGUGAAAGGGGCCGCUCGGUGCUGAAAAGGAAGCAGGCCAGGGCUCUUUGUAGGGAAGAGUCUGCGUAAUUUAUAUGUUAGCAAAACAGCAUUACUUCUGGUCUGAUUUAAUGGUAGUAAG